AUGGCCCCCAAGCACCAGCACAUGACAUACAACGAUGUCCACCACCUCAUCCGCGACUCUGCGGAGAGGAUCAAGGAGUUCCGUCCUGACAUGCUCAUUGCCAUCGGUGAUGGAUUCUUCCCGGCGCGUGUCUUGCGUACAUUCCUCAAAGACGCCGACACGAAACGCAACAUCCCCAUCCACGCGAUUGGCCUCUCGCUAUACGAGUCACUGCCGGGCACGACGGCAGAGCAGAUCGGCAACGAGGUCAUCCGGACGCAAUGGCUGGGGCCCGAAUCGGGGAAGAUUCUGCUGGGCAGGCGUGCCCUGAUUGUGGACGAGGUCGACGACUCGCGCAAGACGCUCCAAUACGCCGUCACGGAGCUGCAGAAGGACAUCGAGCGCGAGCUGCUCGCCCUGCCUGAGGCUGAGCGCGAGGCCAAGCGGACACGCUUCGCCGUGUUCGUGGUGCACAACAAGCUGAAACCGAAGGUGGGCUCGCUGCCCACAGACAUCCCGUACUACCCGGGCGCCGAGACGGCGGACGUAUGGCUGGACUACCCGUGGGAAGCCGUGGAUAUCGACGAGCACGACCGACUCGCUGCCGAGGAGCGCGAGCAGGAAAAGCAGCAGUCCGCGUACUAG